AUGCCGACUCUGGGGCCUCAGGACUCCGGGCCUCAGGACUCCGGGCCUCAAGACUCUGGGGCCUCAGGACUCCGGGCCUCAGGGGCCUCAGGACUCUGGGGCCUCAGGACUCUGGGGCCUCAGGACUCUGGGGCCUCAGGACCCCCGGCCUCAAGACUCUGGGGCCUCAGGACUCCGGGCCUCAGGACUCCGGGCCUCAAGACUCUGGGGCCUCAGGACUCCGGGCCUCAGGGGCCUCAGGACUCUGGGGCCUCAGGACUCUGGGGCCUCAGGACUCUGGGCCUCAGGACUCUGGGCCUCAGGACUCUGGGCCUCAGGACUCUGGGGCCUCAGGACUCUGGGGCCUCAGGACUCUGGGGCCUCAGGACUCUGGGCCUCAGGACUCUGGGGCCUCAGGACUCUGGGGCCUCAGGACUCUGGGGCCUCAGGACUCUGGGCCUCAGGACUCUGGGGCCUCAGGACUCUGGGGCCUCAGGACUCUGGGCCUCAGGACUCUGGGGCCUCAGGACUCUGGGGCCUCAGGACUCUGGGCCUCAGGACUCUGGGGCCUCAGGACUCCGGGCCUCAGGGGCCUCAGGACUCUGGGGCCUCAGGACUCUGGGGCCUCAGGACUCCGGGCCUCAGGACUCCGGGCCUCAGGACUCUGGGGCCUCAGGACUCCGGGCCUCAGGACUCUGGGGCCUCAGGACUCUGGGGCCUCAGGACUCUGGGGCCUCAGGACUCUGGGGCCUCAGGACUCUGGGCCUCAGGACUCUGGGGCCUCAGGACUCCGGGGCCUCAGGACUCCGGGGCCUCAGGACUCUGGGGCCUCAGGACUCUGGGCCUCAGGACUCUGGGGCCUCAGGACUCCGGGGCCUCAGGACUCUGGGGCCUCAGGACUCUGGGGCCUCAGGACUCUGGGGCCUCAGGACUCUGGGGCCUCAGGACUCUGGGCCUCAGGACUCUGGGGCCUCAGGACUCCGGGGCCUCAGGACUCUGGGGCCUCAGGACUCCGGGCCUCAGGACUCAGGGGCCUCAGGACUCUGA